AAGGCACCAUGGAGUGGACAAAUGAAAUGAGCAUCCUGGUCCUGGUAGUUUAUGGCUUCACGCUGAUUACAGGCCUUCCUGCCAACAUGCUGGCCUUCUACACCUUCACUCGAAAGGUACGGCAGAACGCCAAACCCAUUGAUGUGCUCCUUCUCAGUCUCACCAUCUCGGACUUGAUCUUCCUCUUCUUCCUCCCCUUCCGCAUUCAAGAGGCGGCAGAAAAGCAAUGGAAAAGGAGUUACUUCUUCUGUACACUAUCAAUUUUCUUCUUCUUUGCCACGAUUUACAACAGCGCCUUUCUCUUGACGGCAAUCAGCGUGGAACGCUACCUCGGAGUGGCGUUCCCCAUCAGGUACAAGGUCAAACGUCAUCCCCGCAAUGCUGUGAUAGCCAGCAUCAUGUUUGGGGCGAUAUCUUUGGCGCACUGCAGUAUCAUCUUCAUCACGCAGUACUAUGAUCACACCAACAGUACUGUGGUUGCUCUCUCACAACGCAACACCUGCUACGUGGAUUUCAGUAAAGAACAGUUGCAGGUCCUUUUGCCUGUCCGUCUGGAGCUGUUUGUGGUUUUUUUCUGCAUCCCUUUCAUCAUCUGCUGCUUCUGCUACAUCAACUUCAUCCUCAUCCUCUCCCGACUGCCCAACAUCAAUCCCAAGAAGCGUUUCAGGGCAAUCGGGCUCGCUCUCGGCACUCUCCUCGUCUUCAUCGUCUGCUUCAUGCCCUUCAGCGUUUCCCACUUGGUGGGUUUCAUUGGUUGGUACAAUCCAGAUUGGAGAGUGUACGCAUUGCUCACCAGCACCUUUAACGCCUGUAUGGACCCCUUCAUCUUUUACUUCUCCUCUUCAGCACUCCGGGAGACGCUGAAACUCUUCACGCGAAGACUCAUCAAAAGGCUGCCCUAUUGUCCUAAAGCUGUUUGCUGCCCCCGGAUAAACUGCGCCUAUAUUGAGGAGAGCACACAGAGCUCCACUAACAGCUUCCGCUAGAAGACCAUUCCAAGAUUGCUCUUAUUCCAUAUUUCUUUCUGGUAGUAUUCAGACCGUUAAGACCAUUGGCCAAAAGAAACACUAGACCAAGUUGAAACCUCAGGUCUAAGCUCACAGUAGUACAGUUAGGUCAGCAUGCCUUACACAUAGUUUGCUGGUGUCUCAUUACAGUUUCACAGAACCAGUGACCCCAGCAUGGAACCAACCCCAAGACAAUCCCCUAAGAGCGGCCUUUUCUCGCUCAAAUUUCACCCGCGUCCUGCGCCAUGCAGGUUCAGCAAAGCUUCAGUUGUUCUUUUGCAUACUUAAGUGUUCUUCAAAGGGGAGAUAUUUUAGUAGGUGCAUCGCUUCUGAUACCCUCAGUAGUGCAAUAAACUUGAGCUUAGCAUGCGGUUUAUUUUACUGCACUUUAUUUUAUCGCUUUUUAUGUACAAUAUAAAGCAAAAGUCAUAGAUUGCCUUUCAUUGGCUGUCAAAGCGGCUAUGAAGUAAGAGGUAUUUCUUUGUUAACAGACAUUACUGAUGAGAUUAGACAUAAGAUAAUCCAAUUGCAUCAGGAGGGAGAAACGUUAAAAGGAAAAUAACUGGAAAAUCACUCCACUCCACAGUCCAUCCUUCAACUGUGAGAAGACA